AAACAUAGCGACGACCACCUGCAAUCCGGGCGUGCGUGCAACAUUCUGAAUUCACGCACACCUCGAGGUCCUCACUCCGCGCUAGCCAGCCCGUCGACGUCGCAGCGACGACGCGCGUUUCUAACCUCUAGGCAACUAGAACGAGAGCCGUUUCAUCAUGUCUGACGACCAGAGCGGCGAAAGCGGCAACAGUUUCGAGGUUUCGGCUCAAACAGCAACAAACGUCGACGAAGACAACCGUGACGUAAUAGAAGACGAUGACGUCGACGUCACGAACAAAUCAGAGCCCGAAGACGAGAGGUCGACUCCACAGGGGGACCUGCAAAUUGAUCUCUCACAGAAUGAACAGGAAAGUGAUAGUCAACUGACUGGUAGUCGUCAUGCCAGCUGGCUCAAUCAAUUAUGGUCGGAGACGGCUAAUAAAAUGAGUCAAGUUAUUAUCCAACCACCAGGAGUCGACUGCAUAAAUAGUUCGACCUCGGGACCAUCGAAUGGAUCCAAGUGCGAUGUGAUGACACAAUCGAAUCUGAAGUUGCUGUACAAGAAGGGAAGCUGUCAGUGGGCAGGAUGCUCGACCAGUUGUCGGAAUCUCUCUGAAUGUUUAAAGCACUUAAAUUCGGAUCACAACCUCAGUGAGAAAACAAUCGCCCAGUUUCGUGUUCAAGCACACGUUGUGAGCCAGUUGGAAACACAACUUGCUCAAGAACGGACGAGACUCUAUGCCAUGUAUUCUUACCUCAAUGAAUGCUCUCGACGGUACUCUCUACCAUCACAACGUGGCACGGGUCUUGAGAGACAUCAAUCUACUAACCAAACAUGUAACCAUACACCAACCAAGCACACUCCCGGACACGAACCCGAGACUGCGGCCACUCCGAUGGACAUCAACGAGACAUUCCAAAAGGCUGGUCUGCAUAGCACCGAUAUCGAAGAAAUACGACAAGCUUUAGAGCCUCAUCACUACAUCGACCAACGACCGCCUUUCACAUACGCGUUGCUUAUUCGCCAGGCCAUACUCGAAUCGCCCGAAAAACAGCUCACACUGAAUGAAAUCUACGAAUGGUUUUCACGCAACUUUGUCUAUUUCAAGUGGAAUUUGGCCACCUGGAAGAAUGCGGUACGACAUAAUCUGUCCCUUCAUAAAUGCUUCAUGCGAGUGGAGAACCUCGCGUCGAGAAGCGCCGUGUGGCUGUGUGACGAUCAAGAGUUUCUGAGACGAAAAACCCAGAGGAGCCACAAUUCACAACGAGAGAGUCAUAAUUCCUACUCGGCCGAGCAAUGGUCUCAACCACCUGUAACCAGACCGAUGCCGCAUGCAUAUGCACCCGCAUCGUUGCAGCAAACGCAAUCGGUCAUUCAACGUCCGGUCGGAGUCUCGCCGUCGACGGACUCGGCGACCGGUGAUGAUACAAACGCGACGGUGAGAAGUCCGAUCGUCAUGGAACCGACGCGAAUCGGUUCUGUUACGCCAUACAUCUACCAAAACGAAGUCGACUCGCAGAGGACACUUGGCAGGGGCAUGUAUGUCGGUCAUCCGGUGUUUACACAACCGAGCAUGCCCAUCAUGUCAAGUCCGUUCUUUAUGCAAGUCGGACCGCCGGCUACUGCCGUGGCAAACAUCCGAUACGUUUCGAGUGAGGAGGCGACCGCGAAGCAGGACGGUUCUGAUCAGGAGACGCAGAAUGUGAAUCCGGGUGGUUCACCCGAUUCGAGUGAGUUGGCGAAUGGGGGAGUUUCGCCGGAGCGUAGAACGGUGGAUUUAUUGAAUGUGAAGAGAGAGAGGAGGGAGCACAAGGCGGACGAGGAGAAUCCUCGGAAACAAAUGCGAUCGUGUUACAGUAAUGUGUAACUGGUUUUUGCUAUUUAUUGUGGUUUACUAGUAAGUGGUGACAAGAGAUUGUGAUUUUGAUUAGGA